AUGCCCUGUAAUAGUAUGGUCAAAGACGGUGUAACAGCACUAUUAUUAUUAUUACUAGUGAUUUUUGAAAUUCAUUAUUCAUCAAGCCUACCAACAUUUGAUGCUGAAUGCGGCUCUGAUCCAAUUUUAUUCAAACCAAAUGGAAACAUUUAUUCACAUACUGAUUACGAAAAAAAUAUAACCUAUAAUGGAUUCCUUCAGUGUUUCUGGAUAAUAAACACUGAUCCAAAAAGUCGAAUAAUUGUACAGUCAGUUGAUUUCGAUUUAGCAGGGAAUUCCACACAAUGUGAUGAAGAUAGUCUAGUGGUUUACGAGCCUGAUUAUAAAAAUGUGAGUAAGAAUACCUCUGAUAUUGACAUAUUUACGAAAAACGUUGGCAAAAGUGCUUACUGUGGAUCAACACCAAUAAAAAUAUUGUCUGGUUCCAAUCGACUGCUGUUGAUUUUCAAAGCUCGAUCUAUUGGAAAGCAUAAAGGGUUUAACCUACGUUAUGCAGCUAUACCCGAUAAUUUUGCCAAGCGAUUGAAGUCUACACUGAACUCUACGACUAAUAACAGAACGUGUGAUAAAUCACUUGAAUGGGAAUGUCCGUCAUCACAGUGUAUUUUAAAAAGAUGGAGAUGUGAUGGAUUCGAUGACUGCUUAAACUCUGAAGAUGAAAUGAACUGUUUCCCUCUACCAAAACAGUUGCUUAAAUUAAAACACAGAGGGAAAAGAUCAGUCAAUGACGAAGAUGACUGGGGUCGUGUUGUCAAUGGUCAACAAGCUGCUAAAGGAGCAUGGUCAUUUAUCGCUUCAUUGCGUUACGCUGCCAAUGGUAGACACUUAUGCGGAGGUAGUCUAAUCAGUACACAAUGGGUUCUGACAGCUGCACACUGUUUACAAACAUUCCCGCAUCCAAAACUAUGGUAUGUAGACCUGGGAAGAUACUAUAAAAACAUUGGUGGUCCUGAAGUCCAAAGAAUCAAAGUUGAUCAGAUAUACAUUCAUCCAUCUUUCAAUCCAAUCACUUAUGAGAAUGAUAUAGCUCUUUUACGACUAGCAACCCCAGCAAUUCUAGUCAAAGGGCAGGUCAGUUUAUCACCAGUUGUACGAAAUUCACUCUUAGCCGGACAACUUAAAGCAAAUGUUCAGUGUAUAGUAGCUGGUUGGGGAGACACACGGAAUACAGGUUCAAGUGAUGUUCUAAGACAGGCUAUUCUUCCAGUGAUUGAUUACAGCCUAUGCAAAUCAUGGUUUCCGUAUCUUAAUGAAAAAAGUUUCUGUGCUGGUUAUCAACAAGGAGGUAUUGAUGCAUGCAAUGGUGAUAGUGGUGGACCACUUUUAUGUUACAUUGGCGGACAAACUGUGCAGGCUGGAAUUGUGUCUUGGGGCAGUGAUUGUGCUCAACCAUUUAAACCAGGUGUGUAUACAAAUGUAGCUUUAUAUGUGGACUGGUUUAAAAAUGUUUUAUAG